AUGCAGGUGCCCACUAUCAUAGUUAUCACCACCACCACCACGGUCAUCAUUUAUAUGUCAAACGAAGACUGGAAGAAGAAUCUGCAUGUGCCCGAAAAGGACACGCGGCGCCAAACAGAUGAUGUACUUGGAACAAAGGGCAAUACCUUUGAGAGUUUCCACUUGAAGAGGGAGUUGUUGAUGGGAAUAUUUGAGGCUGGUUUUGAGAAGCCUUCCCCAAUCCAGGAAGAGGCUAUUCCAGUGGCCUUGAUGGGCCGUGACAUCCUUGCGCGUGCCAAGAACGGUACCGGUAAGACGGCUGCAUUUGUGAUCCCAACACUCGAGAAGAUUAAACCGAAACUCAACAAGAUUCAGGCUCUUAUUAUGGUGCCAACUAGAGAAUUGGCACUUCAGACCUCACAGGUCGUGAAGACACUUUCUAGACACAUGGAUAUCAAUACUAUGGUUACCACCGGAGGUACAUCAUUAAGAGAUGAUAUUCUUAGAUUACAUGACCCCGUGCAUGUCAUGGUUGGUACUCCUGGUAGAGUAUUGGACUUGGCAUCGCGUAAAUUGGCCGAGUUUGACCAGUGCAAAGUGUUUGUCAUGGACGAAGCCGACAAGAUGCUUUCGAGGGAGUUUAAGAUCAUCAUUGAGCAGAUCUUAAAGUUCUUCCCGCAAUCGGAAUCCGGAAAUGGUAACGGUUACCAAUCGCUACUUUUUUCGGCCACUUUCCCUCUGACGGUGAAAUCAUUCAUGGACGAGCAUCUAUACAAACCUUACGAGAUCAAUCUAAUGGAUGAAUUGACUUUGAAGGGUAUUACGCAGUACUAUGCGUUUGUAGAGGAAAAACAAAAGUUGCACUGUCUAAACACACUUUUCUCCAAAUUGCAGAUUAAUCAGGCCAUCAUAUUCUGCAACUCCACCAACAGAGUCGAGCUGUUGGCCAGAAAGAUUACGGAACUUGACUACUCAUGCUAUUAUUCGCAUGCAAGAAUGCCACAGGCUGAAAGAAACAAAGUUUUCCACGAAUUCCGUCAAGGUAAGGUCAGAAACUUGGUGUGUACCGAUUUGUUGACCAGGGGUAUUGAUAUUCAGGCUGUUAAUGUUGUUAUCAACUUUGAUUUCCCAAAGACAGCGGAGACAUAUCUUCAUAGAAUUGGUCGUUCAGGUAGAUUUGGUCACUAUGGUAUUGCAAUCAAUUUGAUCAACUGGAACGACAGAUUCAACUUGUACAAGAUUGAACAGGAGUUAGGUACUGAAAUUAAGCCUAUUCCUGCAGAGAUUGAUAAGUCAUUGUACGUGGUCGACGAACCCUCAGCGGUUCCUAGACCUUUCAAAAUUGACCAGCUUCCAAAGGGUAAUGAAAGGGCUCCAAACAGAUACCAUGGCCAACCAAGACAACCGGGACAGCAACAAGGACAAGAACAGCAGCCACAACAACAGCAACCUCAAAGUCAGCAAUAUCCAAUUGCCGCUCCUCAGUAUUAA